AUGCCAGGCAUCAUAUUAUCCCCCAGCGCCAGCAGCGAGGGCGCAAUCGCAGGCAUGAAGAGGGCACAUGAUGCGGAACAUGCGCCGACGUACGGAGAGCCGCACCCCAAGAAGCGACAAGUCGUACGGGCGCUGCACCACACGCAGCCGAUCCAGUACAUUGCCGACCCCAUCAGCGCCGAGCACGAUGUCUUUGGCGAGAGCAAAGACUUUUUCGACCAGCAGCUGCGGCGCGCAAUAGCCAUACAAUGCAAAGGCAUCGGCUUCGAGAGCGCGCGUCCGGACGCGUUGGAGGAGUUCCGGGCGCUGGUUGAUUCCUACAUGACCAACUUUCUAACACAAGUACGCACGUCUAUGAUCAGCUCGCGACGCACCGAAACGGUCGCACACGACUGGAUCUACGCCCUCACAUCCGCCGGCCUACGCGGCUCUGGGCCCCUCGAACAACAUUUCGACACAGGCGAGAUCCCGCCGUCUAUCUUGCAGCCCUACUUUGCACCCCCCGCGCCUCCAGAAGCUCCGCCGCCCGACACCGAGUCGUUACUAGGCCCCGGACUCUCUGGCAAGGCGGACAAAGAAACGCGUCCAUAUAUACCAAAACACUUCCCUGGAUUCCCGUCAAAACACACAUACACAGCGACGCCCGUCUUCACAAAACGCGAAAAUGACCCGCGCAAGAUCAGGGAGAAGGCGACAGAGGAGGGUAUCCUUGCCGAGCAAAGUCUGCGGAAACUCAUGGCGGCGCAAAAGGCAGGCGUGCAGAAGCAGAAUGUUGGCAAGCGGAAGCGCAGUAGGCGCAUGAAAGAGAGCGACCAAUUGUGGCAAGCCGCCAUGACAGACCUGCUAGCCGAAGAGAAUCAACGAGAGAAGGAGGAAGAGCGGCGGCAAGCUCAAAUGGACGAAGACGACGAUGACUACAUGCAUCAAGACGCUCCAACACGGCAGCCCACCGCCGAUCGUAACGUGAACCUGGAAGAAGGCGUACAUGUCAACUACGACCAGAAGUACUGGAGGAAGUCCGCGACGGGCGUCUCAUAG